UCCGUCGCAUCUGCAGGCGCAGCAGCCGAGCAGUGGCGCGGGCUCCGGCUCUCCUCCGCUCAGCCGGCGCUUUGCUUAUGGGCUUCUGCUGGAGCCCGGCUGCGGUAGAGCUGAAAGCGGCGGCGGGAGAUCAAACUUAAACCCCUCUGUGGACUUAACUCAGAGAAAGGAGAGGGAGAGAAAGAGAGAGAAGGGACCGAGGAGGAGGCUGCCUUCACGUCAUUGCAGGAUGUUCUGGAAGCUUUCCCUGUCCUUGUUCCUGGUGACUGUGUUGGUGAAGGUGGCAGAAGCCCGGAAGAAUAGACCUGUGGGUGCCAUCCCCUCACCUUAUAAGGACGGCAGCAGCAACAACUCAGAGAGAUGGCAUCACCAGAUCAAGGAAGUGCUUGCCUCCAGCCAGGAGGCCCUGGUGGUCACCGAGCGCAAGUACCUCAAGAGUGACUGGUGCAAGACCCAGCCACUGCGGCAGACGGUGAGCGAGGAGGGCUGUCGCAGCCGCACCAUCCUCAACCGCUUCUGCUAUGGCCAGUGCAACUCCUUCUACAUCCCGCGGCACGUGAAGAAAGAGGAGGAGUCCUUUCAGUCCUGCGCCUUCUGCAAGCCCCAGCGUGUCACCUCGGUCCUGGUGGAGCUCGAAUGCCCCGGGCUGGAUCCACCCUUUCGACUCAAAAAAAUCCAGAAGGUGAAGCAGUGCCGAUGUAUGUCCGUGAACCUGAGCGACUCUGACAAGCAGUGAACGCCUGGGGCUGGACGCAGCUCAGCACUGCGCUGCGCGCCCUGGUCGCUGGGUCGUGUCGCCGCCCGGUCGGUCCCAGUCCUCUGAGCUCACUCACACGCUGUCUAGUGUUCUCCCCUCAGCAGCAAGCACGGCUUUUGGGGCUGACGGUGUCCGUGUCACAAACGUGGAACGCAAGUGGAGCUUUGCUGAUGUAUUUCUGACUGACUCCGAGCCCUGCCUGGGGCUCCAGAACUAGGUUGUGGAUCAGGCCCCGAUGGAAAGAUGCUGGAAACCUCUCGGCUACCCCCUGCAGUCAGAGAGGACUUUAGGUGAUGCAUUGUAAAUCCAGCAUGGAUGUUUCCACCAUGUGGAAGCCAGUAUUUUCCAGGCCUCAUCCUACACUCCAGCUUGCCCCCUUUCCUUGUAAAGGGUGCAUCACUCUUCUGAGCAGCCCCUCAAACUUCUCCUGCUGUUUUCCUGGACCUCUGGGGGUGGUGAGAAUUCAUUCUUGUGGUUUUGCUGCUGCUGUGAUACUGAUUUGGACAAUGUCCUUAAAGGAGAUGUCCAGGGCCAGAGGGGCUCCAAACAAACCCGAUACCAAGAAAACCACUGAGCCACUUGGAUCAAGUGGGCUUUCCUGGGGACCUUGCUUUCAGCAGGCCACACCCUUCCAGGAGACAUCACCACCUUUUCUUCCUUACUCCCCAGCCUCCAUCAGUGGACUCGAGAUGAACUCUAGUGUGCAUGCUAUUAUCGCUGCAAUUAGAAUAUUAUCACACACAAGGUCUCUAUAUUAACGCUGGUUUUAUAAUUGACCUAUAUUGUAAA